AUGGCAGACACUCCUUGCAAACUGGGCUAUUUCCUGGGAAAGAAAGCCUCUCGGGCUGCUGCGGAGCGCGGCAAGUGGGAGACCAAAAAAGAGUUCAUAUUGAGUGUGGCUGGUGCUAUUAUUGGACUUGGUAAUGUGUGGAGAUUUCCAUAUCUUUGCUACAAAAAUGGUGGGGGCGCAUUCUUCAUCCCUUACUUCCUCUUCCUCAUCACCUGCGGCGUUCCAUUGUUUGUCCUGGAAACAUCACUGGGCCAGUACACCAGUCAGGGAGGAAUCAUGUGCUGGAGAAAGAUCUGCCCCUUGUUUGAAGGCAUGGGAUAUGCCAGCCAGAUUAUCAUUUUCUAUGGAAACAUCAGUUAUGUUGUGAUCUUAGCGUGGGCAUUCCUCUACUUCUUCUUCUCGUUCUCCGGAAAGCUGCCGUGGGCCAGCUGCAAUAACACAUGGAAUACAGAUCGUUGUGUGGAAUUAAACAACUAUAAUACCACUGCUAACUGGACCUCAGCUGUGAAUGCGUCAUCGUCAUCUGUUAUAGAGUUUUGGCAGCGACGGGUGUUAAACAUUUCCACGGGCAUAGAGGCGAUCGGAAACCUUCGCUGGGACCUUUCAUUGUGCCUUUUUCUGUCCUGGACCAUCAGCUACUUCUGUGUGUGGAAGGGAGUGAGAUCCACAGGGAAGGCUACAUACUUCACUGCCACAUUCCCUUUUGUUUUAUUGGUGGUGCUGUUCUUCAGAGGAAUGACACUUCCUGGAGCUUUCCAUGGUAUCAAAUACUACCUGUAUCCUAAUCCUUCACGACUCGCUGACCCACAGGUCUGGAUGGAUGCUGGAACACAAAUAUUUUAUUCCUAUGCCAUUUGCUUGGGGUACAUGACCACAUUUGGAAGCUACAACAAAUACAACAACAACUGUUACAGAGACUCCUUCUAUCUUUGCUUGCUGAACAGUGGGACCAGCAUAGUGUCUGGAUUUGCAAUUUUCUCUGUUCUGGGCUACAUGUCAACAAAGCAGGGAGUUGACAUUUCUGCAGUUGCUGAAUCAGGUCCUGGACUCGUCUUCAUUGUCUAUCCUCAAGCAGUAACUCUUCUGCCGUGGCCUCAGCUCUGGUCUGUGUGCUUCUUCUUCAUGGUCAUCUUAUUGGGAAUUGAUGGACAGUUUGCAGGGCUUGAAAGCAACAUGACGUCUUUAACAGAUCUUUACCCUUCCUACCUCCGAAAGGGAUACCGCCGGGAGCUUCUUCUGUUGCUGAUCUGUACUGUUAGCUCUUUGUUUGGCUUGUUUAUGGUCACAGAGGCUGGUGCAUACAUUCUGCAGAUCUUUGAUCAUUAUGUUUGUAGCGGCCCAACUCUCCUUCUAAUGGCAAUCUUCCAGUCAGUGAUCAUCGGAUGGAUUUAUGGUGCUGGACGCUUUAGUGACAACAUUGAGGACAUGAUUGGUUACAAACCUCUGCCGCUGUUCAAGUACUGCUGGCUCUACAUCACCCCUCUUGUUUGCAGUGCAACUCUUGUAUUUUUGCUCAUAAGAUACACGCCUAUGAAGUUCAACAACACAUAUGUGUAUCCCUGGUGGACUUACUGGAUUGGCUGGUUUCUGGCCAUGUCAUCACUGUCCAUGAUCCCAAUUACCAUGAUCUUCAAACUGGCUAAAGAAAAAGGGUCUCUCUGGCAGCGAUUUAAGAAAACCUCCAAGCCUGCAGAUGACCUUCCAGGAAUGGUGGAACAAGAGUGUGAAGACACGAUAAACAUAUAGAGACCACAAUACAUAAUGCCCACACCUAACUAUAUCUGCUUGCUGUCUUGCUCGGGCAUUUUGGAUAAAUGAGGCUUAAUUACAUUAACAUGCACAAUGGGAGUAGAGAAGGAGCUGCAAAAAUUACGGUAAUCAAAAUAUGGUAGUAUAGCACCUUUCUGCAGAGCUGUGAGGGUGUCUUCACAAUGUAUUCGUAUUGCAGAACUAUUGUAGAACAAUAGAAAAAUAGCUUUUGUCUCAUUUGUUUGCAUUCAACUCUCCUUUUCCUGGAGGUAAAAUUUGAAUGUUGAG